AUGACGAAGACGAACGGACAACACGCAGCGCGUAAGCUCGUCCGCCUGCGCCGCAAGAACCGCUGGGCGGACAAGGGCUGGAAGAAGUCGCACACCUUCGUGGCGCAGAAGGCCAACCCCUUCGGUGGGUCCUCGCACGCCAAGGGCAUCGUGCUGGAGAAGAUCGGUGUUGGUGCGAAGCAGCCUAACUCCGCCAUUCGUAAGUGCGUGCGUGUGCAGCUGAUCAAGAACGACAAGAAGAUUAUUGCCUUCGUCCCGAACGACGGUUGCCUGCACUUCGUUGAGGAGAACGACGAGGUGCUGGUGUCUGGCUUCGGCCGUUCCGGCCACGCCGUCGGUGAUAUUCCCGGGGUCCGUUUCAAGAUCGUGAAGGUGUCCAGCGUCGGCCUCUACGCCCUCUACCGCCAGAAGAAGGAGAAGCCCCGCAACUAG